UGAUGACGUCGGGCUCCAGCUUCACCUCCCGCAUCUCGCUCAGCAGCGCCAGCGCCGGCUGCCACUGCUCGCCCUGCGCGCACGCGCUGAUCCAAGCGUUGCAGCUAGAUGACGUCGGCCUCCAGCUUCGCCUCCCGCAUCUCGCUCAGCAGCGCCAGCGCCCGCCGCCACUGCUCGCCCUUCCCGCACCAGCGCCAGCGCCCGCCGCCACUGCUCGUCAUUCCUGCACGCGCUGAUCACCAAAUCGUAGCUGAUGACGUUGCGCUCCAACUUCGCCUCCCACGUCUCGCUCAGCAGCGCCAGCGCCGGCUGCCAAUGCUCGUCCUUCCCGCACGCGCUGAUCACAGCAACGUAGCUCUGAUGACGUCGGCCUCCAGCUUCGCCUCCCGCAUCUCGCUCAGCAGCGCCAGCGCCCGCCGCCACUGCUCGCCCUUCUUGCACGCGCCGAUGCCAGCAUUGUAGCUCUGAUGACGUUGGGCUCCAGCUUCGCCUCCCGCAUCGCGGUCAGCAGCGCCAGCGCCCACUGCCACUGCUCGCCAUUCCCGCACGCGCUGAUCCCAGCAUUGUAGCUAAAUGGCGUUGGACUCCAGAUUCAACUCGUGCAUCUCGCUCAGCAGCGCCAAAGCCCGCUGCCACUGCUCGCCCUUCUCGCACGCGCUGAUCCCAGCGCUGUAACUGAUGACGUCGGGCUCCAGCUUCGCCUCACACAUCUCGCUCAGCAGACGCCAGCGCCCGCUGCCACUGCUCGCCCUUCUCGCACGCGCUGAUCCCAGCGCAGUAGCUAAUGACGUCGAACUCCAGCUUCGCCUCACGCAUGUCGCUCAGCAACGCCAGCGCCGGCUGCCACUGCUCGCCCUUCUCGCACGCGCUGAUCCCGGCAUUGUAGCUAGAUGACGCUGGGCUCCAGCUUUGCCUCCCGCAUCUCGCUCAGCAGCGCCAGCGCCUGCUGCCACUGCUCGCCCUUCUCGCACGCGCUGAUCCCCGCGCUGCAGCUUACCAAUGACGCUGGGCUCCACCUUCGCCUCGCGCAUCUCGCUCAGCAGCGCCAGCGCCCGCUGCCACUGCACGCCGUUCCCACACGCGCUGAUCCCAGCAUUGUAGCUAAUGGCGUUGGGCUCCACUUCACCUCCCGCAUCUCGCUCAGCAGCGCCAGCGCCGCCUGCCACUGCACACUCUUCUCGCACGCGCUGAUCCCAGAGCUGUAGGUGAUGACGUCGGGCUCCAGCGUCGCCUUCCACAUCUCGCUCAGC